CGUCCCUCGGAAUAACAAGGCGUGGUUUUGGCUUGACUGUGCUGGGGGGAAAAGAAAGGCGCCCUACGCCUCAUCUGUACAGUGGCAGCACAGAAGCAAAGAUGAGCCAAGAAAUGAAGAACGAGGCAACCCAACUGAAUGGGACCCCGGCCUCUGGUUCCGCUCAGACGAAAAAGCGUGAUGACUACCUGGAGUGGCCUGAAUAUUUCAUGGCUGUAGCUUUCCUGUCAGCUCAGAGAAGCAAGGAUCCCAGCUCACAGGUUGGAGCAUGUAUUGUUAACCAGGAGAAUAAGAUAGUGGGCAUCGGCUACAACGGCAUGCCCAACGGCUGUGAUGAUGACCUGCUGCCCUGGUCCUGCUCUGCCAACGACAGACUGGAUACCAAAUAUCCCUACGUGUGCCAUGCGGAGCUGAAUGCGAUCAUGAAUAAGAACUCAGCGGACGUGAAGGGCUGUUCCAUGUACGUGGCUCUGUUCCCCUGCAACGAGUGUGCCAAGCUCAUCAUCCAAGCAGGUAUAAAGGACGUGAUUUAUUUGUCAGACAAGUACCACGACAUCCCUGAAAUGACUGCCUCCAGACGGCUGCUUAACUUGGCAGGGAUCCAAUACAAGCAGUUCAAGCCCAAGCGAAACAAGAUUGUCAUCGAUUUUAAUUCUAUUAACUCUGGGAUGUUCAGCGGAACAGGCUCAACAGACUCACCUUGAGAAAGAAAGAAGAGGGAAAGUAAGAGUGGGUGCUUUGAACUACUCCUCCCCUAACCUGCCACGACACCUCUACUGUAAAUGUUAAAUCUUAUUGAAACAUUUCAUUGUAAAGAUUUUGUUUUUUGUCUUUUACAGUGCGGAACUUUAUUUUUAUUGACUUGUGAAUUUACAUGGGGUUACUUUCACUGCGGUGUCUUUUAAAUACAUUUUUUUUCCACAGUCAGGAUACUCUUCCAAUCGUUACUGUUUUAGUCAUAAUAAAAUGUUAGACAAUGUCACAAAUGGUGGGAGUACUGAAACACUAAACACAUUGUGUGCCUGCCCAUGCAAUGUCAACCUAAUAAACUAUGAGCAAUGUUUUAAAAUCAUUCAAGUGUACAGCGUUUAUGCAGAAAAUAUGGAAACUGCUAUAGCUUUGUCUCUCAUUGUUUUUAGUUGUUACUUUGAAUAGAGGUGCAAUCAGGUGGUAGAAGUACUCUACAUUGACAAAAGCUCUAAUUCCUCAAAAGACACACAAUAUUUUGGGUAAUAUCCAAGCAUAGAUCUGCUGGACAUGAAGUGGUGCGUGUGUAAUACUGUGAAUAUGCAGGUCAAUUCAAUAUCUCACACUAAACUGUUGCGUUGCCAAGAAACAGGUUUGCCAAUCGAGCUGGUGGUUGGACCCGGACAGAAAAAAAAGUGAGAGAAAUAGAAUAGAUAUUUGGAGAAGGAUAAAUACAUAUCAGAUGCCUUUUAGGUGUGUUACUCAAACAACCUUCAUGUAGACAUGUUUACAGAAUAUGAAAUCAUCCCCACUCACUCCUGACAAAAAGGCAGUGCGAGAGCGUUGUGAAGUGGCAAUAAAAAAAGAACCGGACUUUUCCGUCUUUCCCCGGCCUUGGAACGAGUGUCUGUGAUGGAGGGGAAGGUAGGAUGAAAAGGUCAUUGAUUAGCCUGUGUCUGAUCUAGAGGGUGUUGAUAUGGUGAGUCUCAGGAGAGGCCUGUGGGACACCACACUCAAACACUUUUGUUUCCUUCCCCGUUCUCUUCUGCCCCAACUUCUUUUCCUCUCCGCCCUUUCAGGCGACCCCCUCCAUGCUCUUUAAUCGGUGCCUCUGACGGAGGUACACCGAGAGAGACUGCUGUGUGUUCAAGAGCUUUGGAAAGGAGCGAGGCAGUGCAUGCACAUCUUACCCAGGUUCCCCUCUCUGCAUCUCUACCUCCAGCUUGCCAGGGCCUCUGUUGGCCAAUAAACCCUGAAGGCAGCCACAACCUGUUUUGCUGGAUGCCUCCACUUACAAUCGCCUGUCUCAAGUCGACACCUCAGGCUUCCCUGAAUCCUCUGUCUCCAGUCUACACCUCGGCUUCCCUGAAUCCUCUGUUUCCAGUCUACACCUCGGCUUCCCUGAAUCCUCUGUCUCCAGUCUACACCUCAGGCUUCCCUGAAUCCUCUGUCUCCAGUCUACACCUCGGCUUCCCUGAAUCCUCUGUCUCCAGUCUACACCUCAGGCUUCCCUGAAUCCUCUGUCUCCAGUCUACACCUCGGCUUCCCUGAAUCCUCUGUCUCCAGUCUACACCUCAGGCUUCCCUGAAUCCUCUGUCUCCAGUCUACACCUCAGGCUUCCCUGAAUCCUCUGUCUCCAGUCUACACCUCAGGCUUCCCUGAAUCCUCUGUCUCCAGUCUACACCUCAGGCUUCCCUGAAUCCUCUGUCUCCAGUCUACACCUCGGCUUCCCUGAAUCGCCUUGCUAGCAUUACCUGAACUGCUUUUGUCCUGCAUGCUCACAUUUGAUGUUGGCAUGAGCAUCUCAGAUUUGCCAACCAGUGAUUGCUGCAGUUAUUGUAUAAAAAUGACACGCCGGCCAGCCAGGGCUGAGGAGCAGUCGUGGACUCACAUUUAUAGCUAGCUACAUGUGGAGGUACAGGUGGACAUGCCAACGAGCGAUCACUGCCUGGUUCUAUUUUUGUCUCAUACAGAUUUUUUUAGAUAUAUUUUGGGGGAUGCAUUUUAGGAUACAAAAAUGUGCAUUUUGAAAUGUAUUUUAAUGUGUGACAUACAAAUGUAUUACAACUAGAUUUUAAAUGUAUGGAAAUAUAUUCUUUAUAUUUCACAUAUAAAACUGGAUAUACAGUUGAAGUCGGAAGUUUACAUGCACCUUAGCCAAAUACAUUUAAACUCAGUUUUUCACAAUUCCUGACAUUUAAUCCCAGUAAAAAUUCCCUGUUUUAGGUCAGUUAGGAUCACCACUUUAUUUUAAGAAUGUGAAAUGUCAGAAUAGUAGUAGAGAGAAUUAUUUAAGAUUUUAUUUCUUUCACCACAUUCCCAGUGGGUCAGAAGUUUGCAUACACUCAAUUAGUAUUUGGUAGCAUUGCCUUAAACAAUUUAAACUUGGGUCAAACGUUUUGGGUAACCUUCCACAAGCUUGGGUGAAUUUUGGCCCAUUCCUCCUGACAGAGCUGGUGUAACUGAGUCAGGUUUGUAGGCCUCCUUGCUCACACACACUUUUUCUGUUCUGCCCAUACAUUUUCUGUGGGAUUGAGGUCAAGGCUUUGUGAUGGCCUCUCCAAUACCUUGACUUUGUUGUCCUUAAGCCAUUUUGCCACAACUUUGGAAGUAUGCUUGGGGUCAUUGUCCAUUUGGAAGACCCAUUUGCAACCAAGCUUUAACUUCCUGACUGAUGUCUUGAGAUGUUACUUCAAUAAUCCACAUAAUGUUCUUGCCUCAUGAUGCCAUCUAUUUUGUGAAGUGCACCAGUUCCUUCUACAGCAAAGCACCCCUGCAACAUGAUGCUGCCACCCCCGUGCUUCACAGUUGGGAUGGUGUUCUUUGACUUGCAAGCGUCCCCCUUUUUCCUCCAGACAUAAUGAUGGUCAUUAUGGCCAAACAGUUCUAUUUGUUUCAUCCGACCAGAGGACAUUUCUCCAAAAAGUACAAUCUUCGUCCCCAUGUGUAGUUGCAAACUGUAGUCUGGCUUUUUUAUGGCAGUUUUGGAGCAGUGGCUUCUUCCUUGCGGCCUUUCAGGUUAUGUCGAUAUAGAACUUGUUUUACUGUGGAUAUAGAUAAUUUUGUACCUGUUUCCUUCAGCAUCUUCACACGGUCCUUUGCUGUUGUUCUGGGAUUGAUUUGUACUUUUCGCACUAAAGUACGUUCAUCUCUAGGAGACAGAAAGUGUCUCCUUCCUGAGCGGUAUGACGGCUGCGUGGUCCCAUGAUGUUUAUUCUUGCGUACUGUAAUGAAACAGCAGGGAGCAAGUCUUGAACCCUCAACCUUCUAGCCCGAAGUCCAGCGACUGUGCCGCAAAGUCGAUAUCCGUGCGUAUAAACCCAGGGUCGUUACAGUACUGUUUGUACACUGAGUGUACAAAAUAUUAGGUACAUUUGCUCUUUCCAUGACCGACUGACCAGUUGAAUCCAGGUGAAAGCACUGAUGCGUUAUUGAUGUCACCUGUCAACCCCACUUCAAAAUAAGUGUAGAUACAGGAGAGGAGACAUGUUAAAGAAGGAUUUUUAAGCUUUGAGACUGGAUUAUGUACAGUGCGGCAAAAAGGUAUUUAGUCAGCCACCAAUUGUGCAAGUUCUCCCACUUAAAAAGAUGAGAGAGGCCUGUAAUUUUCAUCAUAGGUACACUUCAACUAUGACAGACAAAAUGAGAGAGAGAAAAUCCAGAAUAUCACAUUGUAGGAUUUUUAAUGAAUUUAUUUGCAAAUUAUGGUGGAAAAUAAGUAUUUGGUCACCUACAAACAAGCAAGAUUUCUGGCUCUGUUACGGAUACAGUUAUCCUGUGUGUGUGUAUCCUGUGUGUGUGUGUUUCUUUUCUCUCCUUCUCCCCUCACAGGUGAAAAUCAUCACUCCCCAAUCAGUCAACAAUCAAUCAUCAAUCAGAAGACACACCUCCUCCUAUUUCCUGACCUAUCACAGUUCCUUCCCCAUGGUUUAAAAACCCCAUCAUUUGUUUGUUCUAGAGCUCAGCUCAGCUCAAUCUCUCUGUAAAUGCCAUGUCUGUAGGUCUCUGUGUUUCACUCUCGCGUUGUGUCUUAACCUCUCUUUUGUUUAAGCACCUCAUAGCACUUUGUCAUCACCUGUGAGUAUUGUUUUUGGUUAUGGUGUUUGUGUUGCUGGUGGGAAAAGGGGGAAACCAAGACAAGUCGCCCAUGGGCAUACACUACCCGUAGGUGAACUUUGUUAAAUACACUAGUUAGAACUGGGCGGACCACCCACUGUAUUUUUGGUUAGUUAGUUAGCUGUUGUUAAAGUAGGCUAGUCUAGCUUAGGGGUGUUUUUGAAUACUUGUUUCUUUCCUUGGGUCCAGCUCAGCCCCUUUUCCUGCUCCCCCCAUUACCGUGUGUUUAUAAAUAAACCUAGAGUUUGACGGUA